CGGCGGAGUACAAACAGCGGGCUGUUUAAGAUUGACGCAAUCAAGGCUUCGUGGUUUCCGGGGUUGAGUUCUGGGAUUUGGAUGACAGGGAAGGAAGGCAGAGUAGAGUACGAUAUCGGACGACGACGACGACGACGACAACAACAACAACAACAACAAGGGUCUAAGAAGCUACAGAAGCCUCUUGUGAGCGUCCGUUUAGGCUCUCUCCGUAUCCUCCAAGGCCUUGAAAAUGGAAGACCUGGGAUAUAA